AUGACUGACACAGCUGGAUUACCGCGCAGAAUCGUGAAGGAAACUCAAAGACUCAUGGCCGAACCCGUACCGGGCAUUAGCGCUAUUGCCGACGAGAGCAACGCAAGAUAUUUCCAUGUUGUUGUCGCUGGGCCAGAUGGAUCACCGUUCGAAGGCGGUGUUUUCAAAUUGGAGCUAUUCUUGCCAGAAGAAUACCCAAUGUCCGCUCCGAAAGUCCGAUUCCUCACCAAGAUUUUCCACCCGAAUGUAGACAAGCUUGGCCGCAUUUGUUUGGACAUUCUGAAAGAUAAAUGGAGCCCGGCGCUCCAAAUCAGAACCGUGUUGCUGUCGAUCCAGGCCCUGCUGAGUGCUCCGAAUCCAGACGAUCCUUUGCAAAAUGACGUGGCGGAAUUGUGGAAAGUGAACGAGGCCGAGGCUUUGCGCAAUGCUCGGGAAUGGACGCGUUUGUACGCCGGCGGUAACUAA